CGUCUUUGGGACCUUUGGCGUAUCCCUUCGCAUAAUAGUCUGUUUCAUCGAGUUUUCUCUGUUUCUGUUUGCAACGUCUCUGAGAGACCUUGCCGAGGAUCGCGUCGUACAUUCGAUCAGCUGUGUUUCCCUACACGAAGACGCACGCAGCGAUUCAGUCGCCAACUCACACAUACGAUGGCUGUGGACAAGAUGAUUGCAAAACUCCGACGAUUCUUUCCGUGCUUUGCCGAGCGCGAGCGAGAAGAUGUUGUCAUUGGCGAUCCCACCAAUGUUCGCCACAUGGAGAUCUCGGAACAGCUCCCCGGGCUGACAGACGCCCAAUGCAAGAAGAUCCACGAGAAGGCUUCAAAUGACGCUACUCGCCUUCUCAGCCUCCGUUCCCAUCCACCGAGUGCACCCAGCACGCCCUCCUCACCCGUUGUUGAAGUAAUGCCAGUACCGCGACUCGGCCCAAAUGAAUUCGGUCCUGGAUUUGCGAGUUCCGUCUUUGAAUUCCCCAUAUGUGAUAUUGAGUCGCCGUUUGCAUCUACAACAGACCUGCACCUCGCCGUAUCAGAUGAGGAGGCGCGCAGCGACACCCCGACUGGUCCUCCGCCUAUGUCGCACGAUGAUGUCAAGGCAGAUAUAAAGGUAGAGGUAAGAGUAGAGGUAAAGGAGAUCGAAGAGGAGCAAAAUCAACAAGAAGAAGACUGCGACGAGGAUUGCGAGAAAGCAGGAUGCGACGAAGGAUACGCCCAGAGCAUAUCGCAAAUGUCCAUCCCGCCACUAGACCGCCUCGCCUUUGGUCCCGAAUUCGCCAGCUCACUGCUCGAUUCCUCCCUAAAUGAAGCUUCAUCGCUAUCGGGAACUCUCACUACCAGACCAGAUGCCGCCUCCCUGAGAGUCGCAUCGCCCGUUGAACAGACUACGUCCCCAUCAACACUCGGCGCGCAAACACAGAGCCUAUGCGACAGCGCCAGCACCUGCAGUUGCCCCUGCGAGAAAGAAGAAGAAGAAUACGACGAAGACGAGUACGAAGAAGAAAUCCGUCAGCCGCAAAAACAACAACCACACUCACAACGCCAAUCACAACAGAAGCCACAGCCGCCGCAAAAACAAUUCUUGACUACUUUUGAUUUCGAGUUUGCCGGCGACGACGCGCGGUAUCGCUUGAGCUUUAUAUGCUAG